GGAUUUUGGAGUGGAACGUCGCUUGGUGCGCGAUCGAACGAACAAGAGUGGGAAUGUCAGGAGAAAAUUAGGGUUUAUGUGGCAAAAAUAGUGAUUAAAGGAGUCAAUUUGGGUCUUUUCCUGGCCACACGACAGCUUUUCCACCCCACAAUUGUGAUUUUUCAUCGGGUUUUGUGCAAAAACGACCAACAAAGUCACACGACGAGCAGCAUCGCGAAAGUGAAUUUUCGUUCCGAAAAAUAUAUACACAUAUGUUGGUGACUUGAGGCCGCGAUGAGAUAAUCGACUGCUUUACAGACGAUUUUUUUUCUUCUUCGAGUUAUUCAUAUAAAUUCCGCCAUCUGAGAGAAUUGAAAAGAAAACAUUUAUUUUUGACACAAGUUAAACACAUUAUGCAACAAUCACAUUUUGGUCAACUAUCGUUGGUGUGAAUUAUGCAUAAACACAUUUAGAUUUUAGAUACAAGUUUUCCCGCGUGUGCAAAUCAUUGGAAUUCCGCCAGCUAAGGCAGAAAAGUUAAGGACACAGUUUCUUGCUGAGACUUAAAUUUGCCUGUGAUUUGCAGAUCUGCGAAACGAAAGACUCGAAUAGCCGAUAAACAUGGCAGUUCCAACGCCAAGUGCCUCAUUCACACACUAUCUUCUCCUCACAGCCGCCGUGUUCCUGCUGGCGGUGAAUUGUCAGGAGGCUGGCACAGAGUUCGCGCCUCACGUCACGGCCACAUGCAAGGCCGGCACCAUGAACAUCCGCGUGCAGCUCAGCGGUCCCUACACGGGCGCCGUGCACGCACGCGACUACCGGAACUCCCACUGCAUGGUCUUCGGCAAUGGCAGCAACGUCGCGACGAUGAGCCUGAAUCUGCUGGCGCGGCAGGGACAGAACGACUACUGUGGCAUCCUGGUCAGCAACGUGAGUGGGGAUAAAACGGAAGAGAGAUCAGUCCAAGUGGCGGUGAGACUUCAUCGAACGCUGGAAUUGGCCGAGGAUCGCUUCUUUAUUAUAACAUGUGGCAAAACUGGAUUUGCAAGGGACGACAACACCCACGUGGCCCUUAAGUUUAUGGACAGCAGUGAGCGCCGCGUGAGGGAAACCGUGUACGGACGCGAGUACACCAUCAAGGCUGAGCUCACGCAGCCCAACAGCACGCGAGAUCUUCGCGUGCGGAACUGCUUCGCCUUCAGCAAGCGCAACACGAGCAUUCCGCUGAUCGACGAGCGCGGCUGUCCGCUGGACAACAACAUCAUCACGCGCUUCCGCACCAACGGCGACGGCUCCUCGGCAACGGCCGUGCUCAAGUCCAUGUUUAAGUUCCCGGAGGGCUCAGAGGUGCACCUGCAGUGCGACGUCGUGGCCUGUCGCGCCGGCUCCACCUGCCCGGCCGAGGCGUCCUGCACGGGAGACGCCGCCGCGUACACGAAGAGCGGCCGCGCCCUGGGACAGACUGACGACGGCGUCAUGCUGGCCGCCACGACGGUCUUCGUCCUGGAUCCUGCAGACGCGCCACUGGUUUCGCCAAUCUGCGAAGAAGGAGGCGUUCGACCGGCUUGGCUUCUGUGGCUCACGAUAGCUCUGGGCGUCCUGUUCCUCAUCAUGCUGCUCAUGAACAUCUUCCUGUGCACGGCCAUGAGUUGCAGCUGCGCGCGAACUGAGAUAAUCGAGAAGGAGCCGUCCAUCAUCGAGGAGUACGAUCCGUACAGGAGCUGGCACGGGAGCCAGUACGGAUCCAGAUACUCACUCCACGGCAGAGACGUCGGCCACAACAAGGGCUACACGAGUGGCGGCUCCACAAUCCACUCGAAUAGGUCGUUACCAAUUGACUCCGAUCACUAUGCUAUUGUGCACUCUCGUCCCGGAUCUCGACACUCCGGUGCGCCAGGUCAUCGUUCACGGGGACCCCCAAGUAACUUAUAAGUCACCACACAUCCUCGUAUCUCUCUUGAGCCACUCACCACGCAAUAUCAUGCUACCCAGUGUCCAUAUUAGUAAGAACCAACUGCGCACUUCUCUUCACCCUUCCGAAAGCUCUUCUUCACCUUCCCCCCUUGAAAGGGAACUUUGUAAAUAGCGAAAAAGACAAGAAAUGCAAUUCGUGUAAAUCGAGUUAAUGUAAUUUGUUAACCCUUUCACACCUUUUCACGGCAAGCAAACAGCGCACGACAGAAUUUGCUUGUGAUUUUGAGUUGAUACUCUGCAAAUUUUGAUUCACACGCAGUGGCGUAGCGAGGAAAUUCACUGGAAAAGAGCAGCAUUCAUUUAGGGGGAAUUGGGGCACUAUUGUUUCACAAAUGGUGGUUAAAUUUAGGGUUUUUUCCUGAAAAAUCAGAUGAAUAAAUUGAAAUUGUCUUAUAUUAGGCAUGAAAUCUCAUGGUUUUUUCCUUAGAAAAAGAUGAAAAUAGGCUGUAAAUAUCACAACACUGCCCCACUGUGGGGCACUGCAUCGUAGAAUUAUUGAAUUGUGCAAAAAAUCUUCACUUUGAUGUUUACUUUAUACGAUGAAACUAUUCAAUCCUCGGAAAAUCACUUUGAAAUGACUAUUUUCACGACUUUUCUCUUCGAUUCAUGUGAAAAUAUAUGUGAUAAUUCCAUAAAACAGCGCUGCCCCAUUUCCAACACCAAGAAAUGCAAGAAGUGAGUUACAAACUACGCCACUGUCAUUCACACCUUCAAGCUCUUCAUCACUUCACUCACUCAAGCACUUCUCGAGCACAAAGUCACCUAAUCGAAAAAACUAAGGCACUCUUUAUCCCCCGAACUGUGUAAAUCAAACUCAUGUGACAAAAGUAAGAGAUGUGUAAAAAGCAACUUGAAAUUAAGAGAUGACAAUACAAAGAGAAAAAUCCAUAGUGUAAAAAAGUAAGAACUAAUAAAACAAGUCUAGUAAUA